CCAUCAUCAUUCUCUCAAGCAUUUCAACAAACAGAUCGGAGGAGAUGGCUUUCACAAUCUCCACAAGCUUCUUCCAACCACUCGAAAUCUCCAAAUCCUCGCAGUUCGGAUCCAAAUUGAAGGUGAUCACCAGCAACAACAUCGUCUGUUCUGGUGCAACAGAAGACAAAAGCAAUGAAAAGGGAUCGUUAAAAGCCUGGUCGGCAGCUCUCGCUCUCUCUUCCAUCUUGGUUUCGUCGACUAUCCCGGCGCUUCCAGCCUCCGCCGACAUCUCCGGACUCACUCCGUGUAAAGAGUCCAAACAGUUCGCCAAGAGAGAGAAGCAGUCGCUGAAGAAGCUUGAAAGCUCUCUCAAGCUUUACGCCCCCGAGAGUGCUCCUGCACUUGCUAUUAAGGCUACAAUGGAAAAGACCAAGCGCAGAUUUGACAACUAUGGAAAGCAAGGAUUGUUGUGUGGAUCUGAUGGGCUUCCACACUUGAUAGUGAGUGGAGAUCAAAGGCAUUGGGGAGAGUUCAUUACACCAGGGAUUCUGUUUCUGUACAUUGCUGGAUGGAUUGGGUGGGUUGGAAGGAGUUAUUUGAUUGCUAUUAGGGAUGAGAAGAAGCCUACAAUGAAAGAGAUCAUCAUCGAUGUUCCAUUGGCUUCAAGUUUGGUAUUCCGUGGGUUUAUUUGGCCAGUUGCUGCUUAUCGUGAGUUGUUGAAUGGCGAACUUAUUGACCCAUCUGUCUAACUUCUUUGCUACAACUUUAUAUGUAUCUAAUGUUAUGUAUCUUGUGUUACUUUGAUUUUUGUUAAAAUUAAAGGACAAUUUCGCAA